CUUAUCGUGUUAAGCAAUGUCAGCUAAGAUUUAUCUGAGAGCCAUAUGCAGUCAUCUGGCUCUAGAGCCAUAGGUUCCCUACCCCUGGUUUAAGCAUUAGACACCUUUUUACCUGCACCCUGCCUCCCGCUGUUUCCAACAUCUACAAAGCAAUUAGCUACCGACUGCCACCUACUGAUAUGGAAGAGUAUUACACGGUUACUCGGCAUAGCUCGGUUGGUAGAGUGGCCGUGCUAGCAACCUGAGGGUUCCAGGUUCGAUUCCCGCUUCCGCCAUCCUAGUCACUGCUGUUGUGUCCUUGGGCAAGACACUUUUACACACCUGCCCUCAGUGACACCCACACCGGUUUAAAUGUAACUUAGAUAUUGGGUGUCACUUUGUAAAGCGCUUUGAGUCACUAGAGAAAAGCGCUAUAUAAAUAUAAUGAUCUGAGAGCCAUAUGUAGUCAUCAAAAGAGCCACGUCUGGCUCUACAGCCAUAGGUUCCCUACCCCUGCUGUAGCUGCUAUACAAAUAAAGUGGAUUGGAUUGAAUCUAGGUCUAUGACUCACUCAAAAGUCGGUCUGUCAAUCAGUGACUCAUCAAUCAAUGCCGUGUCAAAAGGUGCCUUCAGAGUAAAGUACAGUGGAGGCAGUCAAUGCCACGCGGGGAAAUACGCCACGAAUGGACGCCCGGGAUGCAAAAAAAGCGCAAAUAAAAAUAAGAGCAUAAACCUGGUCGGGCUAAAGGGUGCAGUACCGGUGGUGGAGCGACAGGGGGCGUUGCACGCUGCACCCUCGGCUGAGAGGAGGCGUGAGAUCUUCCACUUUGACUCAUUUGCAGCUCCAAACCACACAAAGACACUCCGCUCCUCCACCUCACGCUUGACUCAACGGGAAAUGUUUCUCCUCUUUCUGCUCUCAGGCGCGGUGGUUCAGGGUCUCCAGGUGGACAUUUCCCCCCGGAGGCCCGUCUUCAAGCUGGGGGAGCGACACCAGCUGCUCUGCUCCGUGCGGGAGUGUGCCGCCGUGCCCGCCGUCACCUGGACGCUGCUCGGCGACCGCCCGCUCGCCGCCACCGUCCACGGCGGCCCCCAGCGCUCGGUGGUGACCUUUGACCCCGUGGGGAUGGAGCACGAGGGCAUCGUGCUGUGCAAAGUCACGUGUGGACAACAACACAAGCUCGGCAAAGCCAACGUGCGUGUUUACGCUUUCCCGUCAGACCCGGUCAUCAAAGGUCACGACCCUGUCCGACUGGGGGAGGAGUCCACCCUCACCUGUCAGGUGUCCGACCUUUACCCCGCCGAGCUGAUCACGCUGGAUUGGCUGAGAGGAGGCGUGGUGCUGCAAAGCAUCGUGGGAGACGCCGGCGCCACCUCGGUCCGCGCCACUUACCGCUUCACCCCUCAGAGGGCGGAGUCAGGGUCCCACUUCACCUGCAGGGCCACGCUGGAUCUGCCGGAGCUGCCCCCCCUCAACAGGACCAGGGAGUCCUCGGUCCACCUCAACCUGCUGUACGCCCCGGUCGUCACGGCGAUAUCAGACCCCGGGACGGUGAUGGCCGGCUCCGCCCUCGUGCUUACGUGUUUGUCGGAGGGCAACCCGCCGCCGGUGGUCACCUGGACCUUCAGAGCGGCGGGCGGCGGGUCCUCGCAAGUCCGGGGCGAAGGUCCCAAGCUGGUCAUUCCCGCGGCGAACGUGUCCCAGGCGGGUCGGUACGAGUGCCGGGCCGAGAACUCGGAGGGGAAGCGAAGCGCUGCGGUGGAGGUCAAAGUUCACGCCCCGCCCACCAACACCUCCAUCUCGGUGAGUCCGGGCGAGGACGUUCUGGAAGGUCAGCGGGUGACAUUCACCUGCCGCUCCGACGGGGCUCCGCCCACCAGGCUGGUGCUGAAGCGAGAAGGAGUGGAGCUUGAGAGCUCCGGCUCCGCCUCCCUGCUCAACUUCAGCCUGGCUUCCGUGCGGCCGCAAGACUCCGCCUACUACCAGUGUGAAGCCUCCAACCAGUUCGGAUCCCAGCUGGUGGCCAGCGCCGUUACGGUCAGAGCUCACCCGCUGCAGGUUUACGUCAGUCCCCUGGCGUCCACGGUGGAAGUCGCCUCCGGUCUGCUCCUGACAUGCGGCGCCUCCGGAUGCCCGAGCACGCCCGCCUACGCCUGGAGGAGAGACCCGCCGGACCGGAGCCUCCUAGACAGGACUCAGCUGCAGGACGGACUGUCCCAGCUGCACCUGCGCCACCUGGACCUCACAGACCGUGGCGUGUACGUCUGCGAGGCCAGCUGCGGUGACGUCAGCAGGACCGUGGAGGCCGAGGUCCACGUCUACUCUUUUCCAUCUGAUCCAGUUCUGAAAGAUGCCGGCGCCAUCCUGAUGGGCCAGGAGGCGUGGCUUCAGUGCGACGUCAUGAACGUGUUCCCGGCCAAUCAGCUGAGACUGUCGUGGUUGUCGGGCAACGCCACCCUGCUGGCGCAGUCCUUUGGCUCCUCCCCUUCCCUUCAGAACAUCUCGGCGGUGCUGCGCCAUCGGGUGGCGGACGAGCGGCGGGUGGUGACCUGCGUGGCCGACCUGCUGACGGAGGCCGGGGACGUGUGGCGGUCCAGGAGGACGAGCUUGCCUCUGCAGGUCCACUACCCUCCCAGGGGAACGUCCAUCUUGGUGAGCCCGGGCCAGGAGGUCCUGGAGGGUCAGCAGGUGACCCUCACAUGCCGCUCGGACGGAGCUCCGCCCACCAGGCUGGUGCUGAAGCGAGAAGGGGUGGAGCUUCAGAGUUCGGACUCCGCCUCCUCGCUCUCCUACAGCUUUUCUUCAGUGCAGCUGGAAGACUCCGCCCACUACCAGUGCGACGCCUCCAAUCCGUUUGGAUCUCAGCUGGUCAGCAGUGCGGUGACUGUUAAAGCCCCUCCCAGGAACACCACGGUGCUGGUGCUGCCGUCCUCGGCGGUGGUGGAGGGUCAGAACGUCACCGUGUGCUGCCGGACCGUCAGCUGCCCGCCCUCGGCCGUGCUUCUCAAGAAACUGGCCGACGGGCCGGAGCGCCGCUCCGCCGACGGGACCUUCCUAUUGGUCAACGUGACGGCCCGCGACUCGGGUUGGUACCAGGUCAACGUCACCAACGACUUGGGCUACCAAGUCCAGGUGUUCAGCCUCAGCGUGACAGAGCGCGGCAAAAAGACUCCGCCCACUCUGGCCGCGGUCCUGGUCCCGGCAACGAUUGCCGCCGCCGUGGUCGCCGCCGCCGGCCUGGUCCUGGAUUACCUGAGACGGUCCAAAAAGAAAGGCUUCUACCAGCUGAGCCGGUCCGCCCCCGCCUCCGCCUGAAUGCCACGACUAUGUGACUUCCUGUCUGGCCAGGAAGUGUCACGGCUGACUUGAGACCCAGGAGAAGCACCAAGUGCCUGUGGUGUCUCCUGAUUGUCAUUCACAUCCAGUGCUCGGUUUCCACGGAAACCAGCUGAUGAGCUUUGUGGGGGAAAACACUAAAUGAAGUCUCCACUGAUCGGUUGCCUGGACGGCGAAGCCAAACUGGCGUCCCUGUUCCAGUCUGCAUGCUAUCCGCGUCUCCAUGGUAACGGGCGGCGCAGGCGCUGAUGCUUAUGCGGGUGAUAAAUAUGAUGUAUGUC